AAAGCCAUUUUGUUGUCACGUUGAACGAAUUGCCGUUUGCGGCCUGCUAGUUGUUGAAUCCGGCAAUUCUCCACAUCACGCUUGCAGCCAUCAAAAUCUCCUUUGUUUUCCAUGAAGAAUACCGAUUCAAAUGGCUGUGAGAGACUUCUCAAUUUUGCCGUCAUAGAAUUGAAAGCCCUCUCACUUCGAAUUCAACAGGAUAAAAUCAAAAUUCGUGGACGAAAACACGGAAAAUUGGAAGCGAUGGUUUCUCACCUCGAUAACCCUGUCUUCCUCACCAUUAUACCUUACCUCGUGUACCUCUGGACUCUCUUCUGCCACACGUUUCCGAUCAACCGAAUUAAAGGGCCCAUAACAUCAAAGCUUCUCCUCGGAUAUCUUCGAUGGGUCACCAAAGUCUGGUGCAUAGCAACUUUGGGCUACCUUGUCAUAUGCCUCGUCUUCGCACUCCUCACAGCCUCAACACCGUCCUCAAGACUUUCCCAGAUACUCUCCGGGUUAACAGAGUGCACCCGCCGUUCCAACAUCAACAAAUGCAAUAGCCACCAAUACGUAUGCUCGUUGCUGCGGAAGGAGUGCUGGGCUCUAGCCAUGUGUCUCUCGCAAUCCAAACAACACGCUAUCAUAUCUGAGAUUCUCCUGGAGUGGAUCUAUCAAUUUUGGAGCGGCUAUUACUGGUUUAUCCCGCUCGCCAGCUUGUACAUACUCAUCAUCGCUAGGUUUCCUGGAGAUGUCGCUGCAAGUGGGUACGGAUUUGGUGGUAGAACUUGUGUGCCUCACGGUCCUGAUUCUCCAGAUGCUGAAGCCAUAGAGGAAGCAGUAGGCAACGACCUCCAUGUUCCUCCAACCCCGCCUACCCCACCUCCUCGUCGCCGGGUUCGUCUUACCCAUCGCCAGGAUCGUUCUCGCAUUCAGGCUCGUUUUGCUCGUCAAGAUGCGACUUUGAACGAGAAUGUGGACAUCGCACGACCGCAAGACCCAGCACAAGCACAAGCGUUGCGCAGCGCUGGUUUCCGAGCCAUUCCACCGCCCGGUUUCGUGCACAACGAUCUGAAUCCCAACCCGGAAGGUCGACUUCGCGCCGCCGCUUACGAGCGGGAUCACUUCAGACUCUUAGACGAAGCCGACAGGGCAUUUCAUAUCUUUAGAAUCGGGGGAAUCACUGCAACUCCAAAUCAUCUGGCGGAACAAGGACUUGUCGAAACUCAGGAUCCCCCAUUCCAUCCUCCAGAAGUCGAUGAAGCUCGGGUCCCAGGGGCCGGUGUUCCCAUUGCUGGUGAAGGAAGGCAAGCCUUGCUUCUGUCGCGGAGCGGUCAUGCGGAAUCGGCGGUUGACCCGAAUCAGCCACGCCACCCUGUAUAUGCUUGGGAUGCUAUAGGUCUUCUGGUCCCAGACCCUACGCUUGAGCAUCCCGAUGCGUUCGUAGAUCGUGCGGGUAGGCGAUACAAUAUAGUAGUCCGCCGAACAGGAGCUACUGUACCUCUGGCCCGAGCUCGAGAAAUCCUCGAAAUCGUUGAUGAGGAUAAACAGGGUGGAGAGGAUGCAGAGGGCGGAGGAAAUCAAGAGGAUAGAGAAUAUGAAACCGGUGACGAGACUGUAACAGAUGAUGGGGAUCACAACGGAGGAGGCCCAUCGCCUCGAGAAAUCGAAGAUUCAACGGCCAGUGGCCCAAACUUCGGAGAAGAGCUUGCACAUCAAAUGGCUCCUAUCCCAGCCCCCCGACGGCCACGACCUAUAACCACGGAGCUUCUGCAACAAUAUCGUCUCAACCUACUUGCUCAUGAACCCCCUGUUCCGGAGUUCAAUAGGCCUGUAGGCUCUAUCGAGAGACCUGCCGGAGACGCUCACCCGGAGCCAGGCGACUACUGGGCCGACAGUCGAGGCGCAAGAUUCAGCAUUACCCAACUCCGGGGCGAUGAUAUUCAAUUCCUCUCUCACGAUGAAGUGACCCGGAUCCUAAAUGGACCUCCGCCGGGAGAGCAACCAGUUGGUGGCCCCCACUUUGAAAUAGGCCCAGCCACCCGAGCUUGGUUCCAAACUCCCGCGGCCCAGGCACAUUUUCUGGUUCAGAAUGAUAUGCAUCCGGUUGCUUUCGAGGAGUCUGCAGAAGGCGGACGCAUCGAGACACUUCGGCCGCGCUUUCCUCAGGGAGAUCUUGUGGCAUAUGAUGAGGCAGGUUUUGCCGACCAACGCUUGGCUGCCUUCGUGAUGCGUGACGAAACCUACAUCACAUUUCUAGUCGUGGAUCAUGUAGGCUAUGCUGUGGAUCCAGAAGAAGUACAAACUGCGCAGGACCUUCACAAGCUGUGGCGUCAGCGGGCUUUCGACGCGUUGCCAUUUGUCGAUAAUUUCAUAACCCACAACAAUCUCUUUUCAACCACCUAUCCUGAUCCACAGCCUGCUAGGCCGCAGAUGCCUCAAGGUGAGCUUCGACCAGAGCAAGGACGCCCGACGCACCUGCUGGAUGAUACCCAGACUCGGUAUCUUGUCUAUAGGCGCAAUGGGGUACAAGACAUGGUGCAACCUCAAGAGGUUCUGCGGCUCCAAGACGAAUUCCUCCUGCGGCAGCUUCAACUGCGGCGAAUUGACGCGAUACCAUAUGUCUAUAAUUUCCUCACCUCAAACAACCUCUUUUCAGUCGCACAUCCCGAUCCGCCACUACGUGCCGGGCCCGAGAUGCCCCACGGAGAUCUUAGACUCAUUGGAGAAGACCCGACGCACUUGCAAGAUGAGACCGGGACCAGGUAUCAAGUCUUCAGGCGACAAAAUUACGAGCCCACAGCGAUGGAGCUGAGCCUUGUGCCGAAUGGCGAGGUUCUGCGGCUGCAAACUGAAUUUCUCCAAGUAUACCAGCGGGCGAGACAAGAUAUCGAACCAGAGAAUCGAGAGCAAGGUAACGGACCCGGGACUGCGAGUGAUCGAGAAUAUCCAGCAAGUGCACCAGCGAAUUGGGAUGGCGAAUCCGGGAGUACGGACGGUCAAGAAUAUGCAAGAACUUUAUAGAAGGGGAGACAGAGGGCCGUCGAACAACAACAGCAAGAACGUACCUCAGAUGACGAGGUCUGGUUGCCGAAGAAUCGUCCAUCCUUUAUAAGAGGGUAAUCGAAUGUUUCU